GCACUCAAGUUAUGCAGGUUUGUGACAAUUAUAAAACAAAAGAAAACCAAUAUAAACAGUCAUCCAGAGACUGAUACAAAGUGGCUUGCCUUGCUUUCCUUCAGUCUAGCUAUAUAUGUGAUCGAUAAUGAUUUUAAUUAUUUGCUUCCUCGCUCCAUGCUCUCCUUGAAGUUUUUUUUUUGAAAAAAUCUAUGCUAAUGAAACACUUUGCAUGCCGUACGUGGAUUAUACGAGAUGUACUGCACGGCCAGAGAGAGAUCGCUCUAUAUAUCCAGGAGGAGGCCUGAACAACCUUUGUAUGAAUAGGUAGGCGCGCGCUCUUCUUCAAUUAAUCUAUCGAGAAGCUAAUAAUUAAGCUUACUACGCUCCGGCGAAGAAAUCGGUGGAUCAUCGGAGCAGCGAUGACGCAGGGCGGCGGCGGCGAGAAAUCCUCGUUCCGUUGGCUGGACGCGGCUCGCUACGCGGUGGCCGCCGCGGUGACCGUGCUCAUCAUGGUCGUCAUCGUCAACGCCAUCAAGGUGGUUCUUCGCCCCGAUUCCCUGCAGCUCUCGGUCCCCGGAGGCGCCAUCUCCGCGGGGCGGUUCAAGCCGCCGCCGGAGGAGCUCCUCGCCGUCGAGCUCAACCUCCGGGCGCACAACCCCAGCGGCCGGGUCCGCAUGUACUACCUCGACAUCACCGCGUACCUCUUCGACAAGAGCACGCCGGCGUCGGCGUCGUUGACGCCGGACUUCGAUUCCGUCGUCUACUUCAACCCCAAAGACAUAGCCGUGCUCCAGCAGGAGACGGUGGACUCCUUUCUGGCCCUGAAACUGAAGAAGGCAAGUCUGGGGCCACCCUACUUCGACGUGCUGUACAAUGGCAGCCGCGUCAGCGACAUGACGCUGCGGCUGGACGGCAACCUCGUCACCGAGGUCACGUCCGAGCUCAACAAGAGUCGCCAGGCAUCCUACUACUGCGAGCAGCUCCUCGUCGGCGGCAACUCGGACGACGAGGCUAUCAAGUACAGGCAGGACGUGAUUUGCAAGCAGGGAAGGGGAUUAAAUUAGGCCAGGGAUGAUUAAUACAUGUUGAUUCAGAAGAAUUUCAGACUUUGUAUCUACCUUGUUCUAUCUAUGCUGCUAGUAUACUUUGAGCUUGCUUUGCUUGACAAGUAGUAGUACUCUUGAUGUUUGUUGUCAACGGUCUUGUUGGCAUUUUGUCAACUAUUAAAAAAGAAAAAUGUCAUGCGGGCGGUUUUUUUUGU